UCCUCUCGAUGUAUGGAGAGACUGCGUUAGAUAUGACGUAGUUGACGCGGUGCAUGCUGGGAUCCGACAAAGACGCUGUGGAACCCAACGAAGGAGGCUAGCGUCAAGGCCGAGCAUGCGCACACGGGCCUCGGACUCGCGCACAGGUGGGUCAGAGGGGCAGAGCGCACCUGCCUGCGCGCGUGCACGUCAGCGUGGACAAGGUGAGUGACAGCAGCAGGAUGCCCCUCCCACCAUCCACUCUCAAUCAGCCCAAUCGGCAGAGCCCGCAAGAGGUUGAAGGUGGCCCUGCUCUCCUCUCGGAAGCAAGCCGAGGUGCAGACCACCCUUACUUUCGUCUGUACCAGUACCUCCACCAGGGGGCACCACACAAAAAUGAUUGCACGACCGGCUCGUCGUCGCCCCGCCCCCCGCCAAGCCAUCAUCGUGACAACGCGCAAUGUCCAGUCCCGCCCUCUUCCGUAGGCUCUGCUCCACCUCCUCAAAGUCGCCGUGGCCACGCCCCCUCUCCACCCUCCACCUACGACCGGGACAAGCAUCUCCCAACGUCUCCUCCCAUCAAGGCCCCGCCCUCUUAUCUGGCUCCUCCCACCCACAGCGGGGAAACAGAGCCACCGCAGCGUCAGGCGUCCCUUAGCGGCAAAAGGACCGCCCCCUCACCUGGAGGGCACACCCCCACGAGAGGCCCCGCCCCACCCCCUCCUCCCGCCUCCCCUGCACACAGGCCGACGCCUCCUACAGCCACCCGUGAUGCUCCGCCCCCUCCUCCGUACAGGACGGCAGCUAGCCCCUCUCUCUCCUCUGACCCCCCCACCAGGGGUAAACCUCCUCCCCCGCCACCCCCUCCUCUCCGCCACGGACACCUCUCCUCCGGCAUUCCGUGCUUGUGCGACGACUUUGAGUCGAAAUAUUUGUUCCAUCCACUGGACGACUUUCCUCCUCCGGACGAGUAUCGCCACUUCGCCAAGAUCUACCCAAGCAAAGCUUACUCAGUCGUGCGAGGGGCCCCUCCGCUGCCCCCGGUGGGCAGGUGAACUCUGCGCCGCGCUCUGACGACAUCGGUAGGAAGACGAGCUACUGGAGCUGAACCACAGAUUUCAUGUCACUGCCUGGCGUUUUAACGUUGUCACAUGGCUGGGCUAACAUGGCCAUUUUUCUCUUUGACUUGUCGUCCUUGCUCCGGUUUUUCGUUCAUGGCAAACUUGUGGAUGCUCGUUUCCUUGUGGCGGUGGUAACAUGACAUGUCAAGCUGUACUUUUGCUGUAAUCCUCAUACCAAUGAAUUGCUCGGAGGCUCAUUCAAGUGAAAGUCAAUUACGUCUGCGUCGCGCUCACUAAUUACAUCCUUACUUGCAUCCUUACUAGGUUUCAAUAUUUCAAUUGGUUCUUCUAGGACAAGUAUUUGUGAAACGUGCUGACCAGUUGGGAGGCAACUGCAAUGGUUUGCCGUUUUUAUCUCAUGUUGAGGGGCACCCAGUGAGGACAAGCACUGAAGCAAAAGGACAACAAGUGUGUAUAAUUUAACAAAACACAAACAAUAAAAUCUGUUACUCGCUAAAGUCUGUAAGUGUAUUGUAUGUAUCCCCCCGGCUAUUCUAGCUUUAUUAGUAUUGAUUUGUGUGGUAUGAAACUUACAAGGCUAUCGAGAAUAGUUUCUAAUCACAAUUAACUCGUUGGCUGUUACUGACAAUGAUAAAUGAACCAAAAUUGCUGUAAAACAUUCUUUUUACAUUGAACACACAAUAACUGUCAUAUUACCAUUUAUAAAACGUAAACACAUCAAAAUACCUUCCUGCUCUUGUGACUGCUUAAAUGUUCAAGUGUUGACAGCAAUAGAAUUGCAGCGAUUGGUGACAAACGAACGAGAUCUGCUUUUAAAAAUGAACUGUUUUGAGAUUCAAUACACAGUAAAUUUGACAUGUUACUACAAACGACACUCAAACCAAGAAAUCAGAUCAAUGUUUUAAUUUAAAAAUAAAACGUUUUCAUUUUUUAUAAAACAAUUUCCUUAGAAAUUAUUUUUUAUUUUAAUUAUUUAUAUGUUUUCAUUAAUUUUAACUGUAUGUAAUUAUAUUUUAUAUUAACCCUUUAUGUGACAAGUGGCUAUUUUUGGUCAUAAAAAACCUGGUGUCCAUUAUAGUAUGUGAUAUGCAAUGCAUAUACUGGUCCUUCUAAAAAAAAUUGCAUAUUGUGAUAAUGUUAAUUAUUUUCUGUAAUGUACUGAUAAACAUUAGACUUUCUGUCAGGAAAUGAAACAACCAGUAUUCUAUUCUAAGAACAGUUGCAAGGAGAAAAAGCUCACACUCAAGUCAGGAAUUCCUUGAGUAUCUGUUUUUUUCAUUGUGCACCCCUUUUAUUGACAAUAUCACUUAAUAAUACAUGGUCACAUGAAUAUGCAGAAAGUGAGUACAUGGCGUUUAGUGAUUGGUUCCUUAAAUCAAACACGGUUUCCUGGGAAACAAAUCAGCUCGAAAACCCUUAUCUAUCAAGGUAUGCAACUCGGCCUUGGAGAGCAACAGACCCCAGUUUCCCCCUUAAAUUAGGCAUUGGCCAGAUGCCUUGCUGACACUCCCUUCCCAGGAAAGCAAAUUCCUUGCAGACGCAAGGCACAGUGUUAAAAUCAGUUCACUUUAACAUGAUUAUACAUUCGUGCAUUAUA